AUGACUACGACAGCAAGACACCGACAUAUGUACGACAACAAGGUGACGAAGACAACCAAGUAUGCAAGACAACCAAGUAUGCAAGACAACCAGAUAACAAGUAUUGACGAAAGGAAUGCGAGUAAGACAACCAGAUAUGUAAGACAACAAAAUUACAAGGAUUCCAAGGUUUCUAUGACAACACGUAACAAAGCAACCAAGGCAUUUAAUAAGAACACAAAACAACUACCCAGCCAACAAGUUGCCCUCGACAACCCAGUUGCCUUCGACAAAGAUGUUGCCCUCGACAACGAUGUUGCCCUCGACAACGAUGUUGCCCUCGACAACGAUGUUGCCCUCGACAACGCUGUUGCCCACGACAACGCGGUUGCCUACGACAAAGCUGUUGCCUGA